UGGGUGACCUAUCAGAACUCUUCUCUCUCUCUCUCUCUCUCUCUGUACAAAUUCUCAAAAGGUUCAAAAAAAAAAAAACUCCUGUUAUUGUGCUUCUCUACCAUCAUCAUAUAUUCCAAUAUUUCCACCACCACCUUUAACUCCACUCAAUUACAUAACCGUUGACCAAAACUCCGAACCAACCUCCUUCACUCAUUCCUUCAUUCUUAUUAGUCUCUGCUCAUCAUUUCUCUACGUACCACCAGCACGACGGCUUGCCGGAAUAUCUUGGAAUUUCCGGCAAUAUGGAACACAGAGAAAUGGGGUCUCAAGGAAAUGAAAACCCCACCAUUUGGAUGUUUGAUGAAUAUAAUCUUAUGGAGGACAUUUCUGUCACUUCUCUCCUUGACCCUACAGGAGUUUUUGCUUCUACUACUUGGCCUUCUCCUCCUCAUCUUUCUUUCUCCAACCCCACUUCUCUCAGUAUGGAGCAGAUUGAUGACUCAUUUCCAAAUUCAGAUGGUCCCAAGGAAAUUAGCUCUCGAAAAAGGGUGAGGUCUGGAUCAUGCUCUACAUCUGGUUCCAAAGCAUGCAGGGAGAAAAUGAGGAGGGAUAGAUUAAAUGACAGGUUCAUGGAACUGGGUUCUAUCCUGGACCCUGGAAGACCUCCUAAAAUGGACAAGGCUGUUAUAUUGGGUGAUGCUGUGAGAAUGUUGACUCAAUUAAGAGAUGAAGCCAAGAAGUUGAAAGAGUCAAAAAUGGAUCUGCAGGAGAAGAUUAAUGAGUUGAAGGCAGAAAAGAAUGAGCUUCGUGAUGAGAAGCAAAGGCUAAAGGUAGAGAAAGAGAACCUUGAGAAGAAUGUAAAAGCUAUGAGUACUCAACCAGGAUUUUUGCCUCAUCCUCCUGCAAUCCCAGCUCCACUUUCUGCCCCAGGCCAAGUUGUUGGCAGCAAGUUGGUGCCAUUUAUGGGGUACCCUGGAGUUUCCAUGUGGCAGUUCAUGCCACCGGCUUCUGUUGAUACCUCACAAGACCAUGUUCUCCGUCCCCCAGUUGCAUAAGACAGCAGGCUUCAUUUUUUGCUCUGCAAUCCUUGUGCAUUAGGAAGCCCUUGUUCCUAAUGUUUCUUUAGUAUUUAUAUUUUGAUGAAGGUUGCAUUUUUAAGACUGGAUUAGGCGGAUGAUAAAUGUGAUUUGGGAAGUUGGAAAUGCCAUUGAAUGUUUAGGGAUAAAUUGUAAGUUUAUCAGCCAAUUUUGGAAUCUAAUUACCAAAUUUAACAUGUCAAGCAUGUGUUUUGCUAAUUGUGCGAUCAAUGAGAAUGUUAGUUUGAUUGA